AUGAAUUAUGUUAAUGAGUCUGUUAGAAAAAAGAUAGUUAUUAUUGGAUUAUUUCUCUUUAGCUUUUCAUUAUUUUUUCUAUGUUAUCCAGAAUAUAUAUCUCAACACACAUUUGUGGAUGAUAAUAACUUACAUGCUGAUACAGUCAGAGAGUCCAUUCAACCUGAAAUACCUGAAGUAUUACGAAUGUUUAAACAAUACUCAGAAACUCCACAACAAAGAAGAACAGAAUUUCUUUUUUCAUAUUUACAAAGUAUUGGAUAUGAUUUAUAUAAUUAUAAAGAUAAAUAUAAUACUACUGGAUUAAGUGCAGUAUUAAGACCAAGAAGAACUGAUGAUAGAAGUUGUAUUUUAUUAAUGGGAAGAUAUUCUACAAAUAUGAGCUCACCAUUAAAUCCAUCGAAAAUGCCAGAAAUAAAUACACUAAUGUCAAUGUUAAUAAUUGCAAAAAAAUUAACAAAAUGUGAUUGGCUUGCAAGAAAUUUUCUUUUAGUAUUUCUUGAAGAUACAACUUCAAUAGGUAGAAAUGAUUUCUUUAAUGUUUAUCAAAAAAAUCCUUUUUGUGGAAGAAUUAUAGCUGGAUUAGAACUUGAUGUUGAAUCGUCAUCUUAUGGUGCAACAGAAUUAUCAAUUGUUAUUCCUUCUCAAAUUUAUAUGCCAAAUCAAGAUAUCUAUAAUGGAUAUAUAUCUCAUCUUAACUUAGUUUAUUAUAACUUAACUAUUUCAAAAAUGUUUUCAAAGUAUUCACAUUCAAUUUUUAGAGAUGGUUUAUUACAUGCUUCUUUUAUUCGUUAUACUGAUUCAACAGAGUCAGGAUAUAAUAAUGUGGAUAUGCUUUGUAUUCAAUCAACUUAUAACGACACAAAACAACAAAAAUCAGUUCCUCAUAGAAUAUUAUUAACUACAUAUAUUACUUUAUUACGUUCUUUUAAUAAUUUAUAUCAACAAUUACAAUAUUCAACUCAUUUUUAUAUUCCUUCAGGAUUAACUUCAUAUAUCAAUUUCCCAAUGAUUAUAUUAUUUACAGUUACUAUUACUGCUCCAAUUAUUUUAUUUAGUUUAAUUAGUAUUAUCCCAGAAAGUAUUUGUUAUAUCUUUAAAUCAUAUCCAGAUUCAUUACCUAAAAAAUUAAUAGUAUUAUCAGACAUUCUUUUAUCAACUAAAACUGAAAUAUCUCAUCCAACAACAAUUUAUUUAGUAAUCUUUUAUUUUAUUCUUUCUACUAUUUUAUAUAUUCCUUAUCUUUUCUUAUUUGGUUGGAAUAUUGUUUCUAUUGAAGAUCAUUAUAAUUAUACUCAGUUCAAUCAAGACCAAUCAAUCUAUUUGAUUUGUGUUAAUUUUAUUCCUGUUAUUAUAUCACUUUUAUUAUCUCAUUAUACCCCACCACUUUCUUUAUCUCAACUCCGUUUAAAUAUUUCAUUUGCUUCAUUACCAAGUUUAUUUGUAUGUACAGUUUUCUUAUUCAUUAAUCCUUAUUUUGCACUUCUUUAUGGGUUUAUUCUUGGUGUAACUUCACUAAUUUCUUUCAUUGUUUUAUUAUACAAACCUUCGUUCUUUAAAUUUGGAAGAGUUAUUUGUUUAAUUACAUCUCUCCCUGGAUUUGUAUUGUUGUUGUUGCUCUUUUCUAUUGAUAUUUCUAUUCUUGUAUAUGUUCCUACAUUAGUAACAAUAGCAAUAAUUUUCUAUAUUCCAGUUUCUAUGUCUCAUAUCUAUUCAAUGUUUUCAUUUAAUUCUUUAGUGAUUAAACAAAACUGUAACAAGGACUAA